AUGAAUCUGAGCAGGAAUCAAGCGAGGACGAGGAGAAGAAAAGGUGCUCCGGCAGCCUUGUUUGGCAGACUCGUUGUCAAUGCAGCGUGUGCAUUCAGUGUCGCUUCCGGUCAUAAUUUUGCUGCGACUCCUGAAGAUGGUACACGACGACUUGCGCGCGUUCAGCAAAGGCCUGGUGAGGCUGAGGUAGCCCAAUCAACUAAUCCCGCACCUGCAAAUCCUGCCACGCUAGUCGCAGAUGCUGCGUGGCAGGUAUGGCGAACUUGUGCGACCUACGUUGUGCCGCGCCUCAUAGCCAACAGUGUCAUGCAGGUGAAUAUUACGGAGGAUGGUCAUAGAGGUGAUGUUCGCAGUAAUUCGAGUUCAACAACAAGUGGCACAACGAGCAUGGGUAGUCGUAUUAGCGCGGCCGCUGCAACGAAAGCCCACGCUAUAGACGAACCACGCAACGCAACAACCUUAGAUAGAGCGCGACGAACUGCUAUCGCUCCAUUCUCUUCAGGCUCAAUACCUUUUCCCGAUAUAGCUGCAAAAAAUGGCGUAACAGCACUGACUGUAGUAGCAAACAACAUUCUGACUCCACCUGCUAAGCAGACGAUAUCGAUAGCAGCCUCAGGCUCAGCAACUCUACCCAAGAACCAAUCAUCGGACGAACCACCUCCUCCGACCCCGGUCGAGACCGUGAUUGAUGUAGUAAGGGACGCUGUAGAAGCAUUUGCGAAGAAUGUGAUCGACACUGUCAUCGCGCGGAUUGGAGGUAAGGGCGACGAGGAUGUGCUUCCCAAACCGAUUCCAGAUGCUACCCGGAACGCCUCUGAACUGAUUGUGACUAAAAACUACCCUCUGGAAUUUCACAAAGUCACCACGGAAGACGGAUACAUUCUGACUUUGUUUCGAAUCCCGCACGGAAGGAGUGAGAACAGUGGAGGAGCACAUCAACUACAGAAUAAAGAUGCUCUAGGACCACCUGUUCUUUUGCAGCAUGGCUUGCUAGAUUCUUGUGCCACGUGGGUAGUAAACGGGCCAGACCAGUCACUAGCCUUUAUUCUUGCCGAUAAGGGGUUCGAUGUUUGGCUCGGAAAUACGCGUGGAAGUACAUGGAGUCUGGAACAUGUGAAUUUGACCACAAUUGAUUCCGCAUAUUGGGACUUUUCUUUUGAUGACAUUGCGAAAUUCGACACCCCAGCAGUCAUAGACUACAUUUCGAAAACAGCAAACUCGCCAAAAGUGGGGUACGCAGGACAUUCACAAGGAACGCUGCAAAUGUUCUUGGCCCUUUCGAUGCUCGGAGAGAAGUUUCAAAGCAAAAUAGCGCACUACUCAGCGUUGGCCCCAGUUGGACGGGCGGGAAGCCAGCAGAGCUUGCUGAUCACGUAUUAUUUGCUACGGAACAUUAUCCUGCUUUUUAGCAACAGAACUACUCUAUCUCUAUGCGUGUAUUUUUAUCUUUGUGCUGGAUGAGAAUGUCUUCAAGGCAGCCUUGACAAGUCGCACAAGUAUUUCAUCUCCCUCAACAGAAAGUUGGAGUCCAAUUUUACAACUCACCAAUCGACACCUCCUUACCUUCGCAGCGCCCUCAUUGUCCUCCACGUGGACAAGAUUUACUCGCUGCUUGGCAACCGUGCCUUUUUACCGAAUAAGAGCUUCAUUCGUUACAUAGCUGGUCCUCUAUGCAACUUCUCUCCGCUCGCUUGUGAGGAUUUGCUGUUUCUCAUCGUGGGCGAGGACAGUGAUCCGACUGCGAAUCUGAACAAGACUCGCGUGCCAGUGAUGGUCUAUAACUCGCCGGGUGGGACGAGCGUAAAGAACAUGGUCCAUUGGGCGGAUCUGGUACGCCGAAGUGACUUAACCCUUUUCGACUACGGCUUUUUCGGAAACCUGUACCACUAUGGUUCGGUAAACCCACCUGCGUACGAUUUGACCGACAUCGCAAAUGUCAACAUCUCGCUGUACAGUGGAGGCCGCGAUGCGCUGGCAGACCCUGCUGACGUCGCGUUGCUCGUUGACCGACUGCGGCUAGCGGAGAAGAAGUCGGGAGGCACCGCGCGAAUUUCCCGACAGAAUUAUCAGACCUCGUAUCAGCACCUAGACUUCACAUGGGGGAUGAGCUGUGGCGAAACGAUAUACCCACUUAUCGUUGAAGAAAUGCAACAAGCAUUUCAGCUAGCUGCUCCACCAACGUCGCUUUCAACACGUCCGUCGCUUUAUAGAAAUGAAGUCAAUGAAGAGACUGAAGUUGAGGUGUUUGAAUGAGCACGCAUGGUGCAUGGAGCGCAGAGCUUUAAGGGGCGCAAGAAGCUCCUCCUUUAGCUCCAUGCUACUCCAUGUGAUCCAUGCACUCCAUGCCAUGCGAGCUGUGAAACCUUAUAAAUUGCUCGGACAUGAUGCAGAUAAAUAAAAAUACCCUAGGCAUUCGUGCAUUUUGACUUUCAAUAUUUUCCGUUGUGAUCCCCGCUGGGAGAUCGCAACCACAACAGAGUCCACCUUUCCAUUUUCCUACCUGAUUGCUGCCUCACCUGGUAGAUCAACUUCAAUCACAGAUGCACGUUCCUUGUAAUAUCACUGUUGAUGAGACAGCGACCUCUUAGCGCACCAGUGUAGUAAAGAAAAAAAGACGAAUGAAAGUUUUCUAGUUUUACG